UCUCCCGGGGCGGGGGUUGGUCCUCGGCCACUCCCCUCACCUUCCUGUCCCUUGGCGCUCCCGCCUCUCUCCAGGCCUCCGCUGCUGUCCCCCCGACCCCGCCCUCCAGUCAUGUCUGGUGCUCCCCGCCCCUCCCCCUUCCACCCCAGUUUGUAGCCGGCCCUGGAGGGCUUGGCGCUUUGCCCGUUCCGGGUCCUAGACCACUGACGCUUUCCCCGGCCCCUGACCUGAUCCACGCGUCACCGCCCUCCCUUCCCCGCCGUAAAGCGGAGCCUUGAGUGGUCGAGUUGGGGUAACCGAUCGGUUGGGCACUACCGCUGUCCGGAAAGUGUGAUUGCAGGAGCGGCUCUGCUAGGGGAGGGGAGGGCCGAGGGCCAGGGGCAGGGCAGAGGAAAGGGCCUGAGUCGCGGCCCCAGGACAGGUUUUACCGCUGAGCUGUGGCAGCGGCGGCGGCGGCGGGCUCGCGCCACCUGUCCGAGUGCCACCUGGUCUCUGACCGGCUAGAGCUGAGCGAGCCCUUCCGCGUGACUGCGCGCUGACGGCGACUCCAGGGACCCUUGGAGCCGAGCGGAGAGAGCGCCACGCCAUCAUGCCGCGUUCGUUCCUUGUCAAAAGCAAGAAGGCUCACAGUUACCACCAGCCGCGCUCCCCGGGACCAGACUAUUCUCUCCGUUUGGAGAAUGUACCGACGCCCAGCAGAGCAGACGGUACUUCUUGUGCGGGCGGGGCUAAGGCGGAGCCCCGGGACCGUUUGUCCCCCGAGUCCCAGCUGACCGAGGGCCCCGACAGAGCCUCUGGGUCCCCAGACAGCAGCGAUGGCAGCGUUUGCGAUCGGAGUUCGGACUAUGAGGACUUCUGGAGGCCUCCGUCGCCCUCCGUGUCUCCAGCCUCGGAGAAGUCGAUGUGCCAGUCGCUGGAGGAGGCCCAGCCCUUCCCCCUGCCUUUCAAGCCGUACUCGUGGAGCGGCCUGGCGGGCUCUGAUCUGCGGCACCUGGUGCAGAGCUACCGGCCGUGUGCGGCCCUCGAGCGCGGCGCGGGCCUGGGUCUCUUCUGCGAGCGCAGCCCGGAGCCGGGACACCCGGCCGCGCUGUACGGCCCGGAGCGCGCUGCGGGCGGCGCGGGGCCGGGGACGCCGGGGAGCUGCGGCGCAGGGGCCGGCGCCGCCGGCGGCGCGGGCCUGGGGCUCUACGGCGACUUCGGGCCGGCGGCGGCCGGGCUGUACGAGCGGCCGAGCGCGGCGGCGGCGGCGUCGGGGCUGUACUCGGAGCACGGGCACGGGCUGCACGCGGACAAGGGCGCCGGCGUCAAGGUGGAGUCAGACCUGCUGUGCACCCGCCUGCUGCUGGGCGGCGGCUCCUACAAGUGCAUCAAGUGCAGCAAGGUGUUCUCCACGCCGCACGGGCUCGAGGUGCACGUGCGCAGGUCCCACAGUGGCACCAGACCCUUUGCCUGCGAGAUGUGCGGCAAGACCUUCGGGCACGCGGUGAGCCUGGAGCAGCACAAAGCCGUGCACUCGCAGGAACGGAGCUUUGACUGUAAGAUCUGUGGCAAGAGCUUCAAGAGGUCAUCCACACUGUCCACACACCUGCUCAUCCACUCAGACACCCGACCCUACCCCUGUCAGUACUGCGGCAAGAGGUUCCACCAGAAGUCGGACAUGAAGAAACAUACCUUCAUUCACACGGGCGAGAAGCCCCACAAGUGCCAGGUGUGUGGCAAGGCCUUCAGCCAGAGCUCCAACCUCAUCACCCACAGCCGCAAACACACAGGCUUCAAGCCCUUCGGCUGCGACCUCUGUGGGAAGGGCUUCCAAAGGAAGGUGGACCUCCGGAGGCACCGGGAGACUCAGCACGGGCUCAAAUGAGCCCCUGGCUGGCUGCAAACAGCAGCCGCACAACACUACGGAGGGCAUCCUCACCGCAGCCACCACCCCCUUGUGACUGCUCAGCCCCCCAGGUCCAGUCUGCAGAUCUUAGCAGGGUGCUCCUUGGAGAGGAUGAAGUCCCUUUCAAAGUUCAGUCCAGAGUGGGAACCAAGGGCUUGCUAGGCUUUGGACACAAAUAAGCUCGUCCAUUCCUGAAUAUGCAAAGUCAGAUGGACAUCAGAGGAAGUCUUGGGCCCCCCAGUCCUUCCGUUCCCGGCUCUGCUCCACAGACGGGAAGGUCCUUCAGGUUUCUUCCCUCCUCCUGACCUACCCUGGACACUUGUGUGGAAGACAAGGAAUCACCAUUGACAAGGUGGACACAUGUGCUAAUGUUUUUAUGUAGAAGGAAGAAUGAGUGUUAUUUUUAUUUCUUCUGGGGAGUCUGUUGACUCCUUUCUUUGGGUGCUGCCUGUAAAUCUUGGAGGAUUCAUUUCUCCUCCUCAAAGACUGUGUCAGAAACUGAUUUGGGGAAGGAAUUUAAUACUUUUGAAAUCACAAGAUGCACUGUCAAGCCUGUCCCAAGAAGGAGCCGAAAAAAGUGGACUUGGUGAUGAGAAAGGAUUAGAGUUCUUCCCUACAGAAGGUUUAAACCCAGAGCAAUGCCUUGGGGUACCAAGGUACCAGGCACCAUGCUGGGUACUGGGGAGCAGAGAUUAAAGAGACAGCUCCUGCCCCUGCCCCUCCAAAGCUGAUGGUGUCACCUCCAACUGGCUGGCUGUUCUUUCCCUCAGAGGGAAUUCUGAGAAGACACAGAAUCUUGUACGUUCUCUUUGACUGUCCUGGAUUUUAUCAUAUGUAAACAAAAAGUAGCUGAACAGUUACAUCAAAGAUUCAUGUGUAUAUGCAGAGUUUUUAUUGUUAAGCUGAGAUUUUGAAGAUGUCUGCAACAGCGGCCACGUUGAAGGCUCUGUUCUCUAAUCUUUGACCCUCCGUGUGUACCAUAGAGGGGGAAAAAACAUGGUAUUUUUACUGUGAUGAGGUUUGUAAAUGUUUUUAGAUCUUCUGGAGUGCAUUGUGUUUGUUAAGACCUAUUUAUUAGAGUGAUGUUUUAAGUUAAUAAAGUAUUUAGACUAUCACAGACUGCCUGCAUUUAGGCAGGGAAUUGGAGAAAGUCCUUUGUUUUCGUCUGGGAAGGAAGUCUGAACGGAAGGAAACUGCAGUGGAGUGUGAAAGUGAAGUGGGAAAGCCAGUAGCCAGAAGAGAGUGAAAUCCAAUUGCUCUGGUGUUCUUAUACUUUCGUCCACACCUCAGAGAUACUUCUUUCUUAACAGAAAAACUAGAAGGUAUUCAAAACUAAACUCGGAAAAUCCUUGAGGAGCCCACAGGUGCAUAAGCUCUUUCCUCGGAGAAUUUCAAAGUUUUUUCUCUUUUUAAAAACAGGCCGAGGGUGGCGGGUUCAAACCCAGCCCCGGCCAAACUGCAACAAAAAAAUAGCCGGGCGU